AUGUCCAAGGCGUGGAUAUUGGUGUUAAUGAACCCAAUAUUUUUAAGUUGUGACACCGAAGGGCUGUCGACGGCGCUGACUCUGGCCCGCGUGUGUCGUUUUUCCAUCGUCUUCGUCUCUGGCGAGUAUCGCAAUCACGGCGCCAAGGAGAUGCACACGUACUUGUCCCGAGAUGGAAUCCCUCCAGAGUCAUUCCGAUCAAUCGCACGGCAGCAGAUUGAAGAGAAAAACUCGGGCCAAGUCUCGUUCAAGGCUGCAAAGAUUGUUACAGUCUCCAAUACCGAGAUUCUCCCCGGAUACAAGUGCUUCCAAGCAGUUGAUAGUGCAAAUAAUGCCUAUCUAGGGCGCAAGUUGGUGCUCGCUACUGGAGCUGAAGAUGUAAUUCCGACGGAUAUCGAGGGCUACGCAGAGAAUUGGCCCCAUCAUAUGCAAGUUGACUGUUCUCCAACAAGAACAAGCAUACAUACAGUGGCCAGAGCACUGCUAACUUUUAUCUGCAGCUACCAAUGCCCCUUUUGCGACGGCUACGAACAAAAAGAUUACCCCAUUGGCAUGUUGACGUUUCCAAAUCCCUCCUACGCUCACUUUGCCCUGAUGACGCUGCCUUUCAACAAGGACUUUACAAUCUACAGCAACGGGCCAGUUCCUCAAGACGAGCCCACCCAGAACGCCCUGAAAAAGGUGCUGGCAAGUGGCGUCAAGCUAGACCAGCGAAAAGUCCUUCGCCUUGUCAAUAAUGGCGAAGGCCCCGAAAGCGGAAUCACAAUCGAGUUUGACAGAGGCUCUCCGGCGAAGCUAGGCAUGCUUCUCCAUCGCCCUCCAACCAAGAGCCGAGGUCAGCCCUUGAUUGAUCAGCUGGGGCUCGAAGCGAAGCCGAAUGGGGAUGUGGUGACUGAUCCGAUGAUACUGCGCACCAACGUGCUGGGAUGCUUUGCCGCGGGCGAUACCAUUGUAGGACUUCGCGUUGGUGCCUCUAUUGCAUAUCAGCUUGCCGAUGAGGAAGGAAGCCGAGCACUGGAGAUGUUGGAGGAACGGGAGGCCAACUUGUAA